AUGAAGAAGCCUCAGAUCCUCGCGAUCCUCCUCCUCCUCGCGCUCGCCGUCGCCGACGCCGCGCUGCUCGGCGGGUGGCGCCCGAUCGACGCCGAGGACCUCAAGGAUCCGGACGUGAUUGACGCCGCGAAGUUCGCCGUCAAGCAGCACAACCAGAAGGAAGGUGAGAAGCUGAAGCUGGUGAGGGUGGAAUCCGGCUCGUACCAGGUCGUCCGCGGGAAGAACUACAAGCUGGAGCUGACGGUCUCCGGCGCCGCCGACACCAACGGGCUGUCCAAGUACGAGGCGAUCGUCUGGGUGCAGCCCGGCGCCGGGAGCCCCAAGAAGCUGACCUCGUUCAAAAAGGUGCCGUGA